CCCGCUUUCUACAGGAGGUCCAGUGCAGCUGAAUGGUGAUGAUGGUGCAAAUCAGUAACACUGACACUGUCUCCAUCCACACCCGUCACCUCCUGUUUGUCCACUGUCAGCCCUGGAGGACUUCAACACACAGGAGGACGGCACCAGCACCCAAUCCCCUGGCAUCUACUUCUAACUUGAACGGUUUGGCAAAGUCGGGGGCAGCUAGGACGGGGGAACUACUGAGCAACAUUUUCACCGAAUCGAAAGCACUCUGGCAGUCUGGGGACCACACAAAUGGCACCCCCUUACGAAGCAAAACCGGAACGUCCCAUCCGGUUUGGGAACAAGCAGGCACGGGGAACACCAAGGACUAUUGCUGGGAACAGCAAGACCCGUCUCUACCAGCAGGGGUACGCGAAGGGGUAUCAGCGAACAGGGGUCGGAAGCGAUCUACUAGGGACAAAAUGUCAGUUUGGGCUGACCCAGGAGCGGGGACCGGAACAGAAGUAGGCGAGGGGACGGGGACCGAGCGAUCAAGAGACUGUCGAGCCAAUUCCCUAGCUGUCGACAUCCGGUCCCGAAGGGAUUUCACAAACUUGGACACAUCCUGCGUAGAGGAGGACGCAUCGGGGGAUAACCACUGCUCCUGUAACGCCUUCAGGGGACCUCGAACAGUGUGGCCAAAGACAAGUCCAGCAGGACUAAACCCGGUCGAUUCUUGGACAGCAUCGCGUAUUGCAAAAAGUAGAAGGGGCACUCCCUCAUCCCACUCUCUCCCUGCAUCUAAACAAAAGCGGAGGUACGACACGCUUCCAAUGACAAAUCCUCCGCCUGUGCCUUGGUCAAAGCGUCCGUAGUGGAAGGGACCUCAGGGGACACAGCAGGUUCCACGGAGACCAGGGAGUCCGAGUCACAAGUCGAAGGUGUUGGGUCGGACAUAAAUGUCUCAGCCAGCUGAACGUCGGCGAACUUGCGCUGCUGGGCCCGUGUCAGCACACAAGCCAGGAACACCUGGGGCAGUUCCGCCGCAACGUC